CUAGAAAAGAAAAAUAAAGCAGAUACUGCUAACCUCACUGUUGAAAAUAUUAAGCUUAAAGAUAGAGUCACGAAAUUGGAACAAAUUCAAACACAUAAUUAUAAUAAAAAACAUAUUGCUAAAUUGGAUGACAAUAUCGAGAAAAUUAAACAGGUAAGUACACUCGUCCCAGAAGAACAAUAUUCGGCUAAUAUUAAUGCUUUCUGUGAAAUGAACUCUGAGAGUAAUAUUAAACAAAUAGAUUCACAAUAUAGUAAUAUUUCCGCAUCUGAUAUAACUAAUAAUACUUCAAAUUCUGAUGAAUCUGAUAGUGCUUUUUCAAAUAUAUUUGAAAAUGUAUCUGAUACCAUUUCAAAUCCUGAUAUAUAUCGGGUACAUAAAGAAAACAGUAAUGAAAUAAGAGAAGGAAAUCAGAAAAAGAAACUUCAGAAUCAAGGAUUAGUACAAAAUGUUUUUGAUAUACAAAAUAAG